AUGAUGAAGCCUAGAAGGGUGCAGGUGCUCCUGAUUCUGGCAGUUCUGACCUUCUUUCUGAUCCACUUCCACUCCCAACCCUGCAGCAACAAUGUCCCUGCGGAAAGAAAACCGUCUUCAGUCCACAUCCUCAUUCUCUCCUCCUGGCGGUCAGGAUCUUCUUUUGUUGGUCAACUUUUCAGCCAGCACCCCAGUGUCUUCUACCUGAUGGAGCCUGCAUGGCACGUGUGGGUUACAAUGUACCAGAACAGUGCCAAGGUCUUGCACAUGGCAGUGCGGGACCUCGUCAGGUCGGUCUUUCUGUGUGACAUGUCUGUGUUUGAUGCUUACAUGUCUAGCCAGAAGAAAAAGUCUGAUUUAUUUCAGUGGGAGACAAGCCGAGCCUUGUGCUCCCCCCCAGCCUGUGACUUAUUCAGUCGCACUGACAUAAUUGCUGCAGGCAAUUGCAGAACAAUCUGUGCCAAGUCCCCAUUCAGCAAGGUGGAGGAAGCCUGUAAAACCUACAGCCAUGUUGUCAUCAAGGAGGUUCGGUUCUUUGACCUGAAAGUUCUCUACCCACUUCUCACUGAUCCAUCCCUGAACCUCAAGAUCAUUCACUUGGUCCGUGAUCCCCGGGCUGUAUUCAGGUCACGAGAGAAUACAGUGGCAGACCUGAAACGUGACAGUAACAUUGUUGUGGGGUCUGAGAGGACAAAGGGAGAAAUGGGACCUUACAACACCAUGCAAGUAAUCUGCAAAAGCCAUGUUGAGAUUUACAAGGCCGGCAGCCGGGCUGUCCCCAGCUUCUUGAAGGACCGCUACCUGCUGGUUCGCUAUGAAGACAUCGUCCGAGACCCACUAGCAAGGACUGCCCAGAUGUACAGGUUUGCAGAACUCCAUUUUACACCAGAACUUCAGAAGUGGGUGCACAACAUCACCCAUGGGAAGGGGCAUGGAGGACAGGCCUUUGAUAUUGGCUCCAGAGAUGCACUGAAGGUAUCUCAGGCCUGGAGGAAGACCCUUCCCUUCCAGAAAAUAGAAAAAGUGCAAAGGGUAUGCAAGGAUGCAAUGGACCUGCUGGGCUACCAGCUCAUCCAGUCUGAAGAGCAGCAAAAAAAUAUGUCACUGGAUCUUUUGUUUGACCAUAACUCCUCUAAGUAA